AGAUGUGGCAGCAGUGAGCGUAGUGCAUAGAGUCCUCCUAAUUAAAAAAAACAAUUGUAGACGAAAAAGACGCCAAACAAGGCGAAAGUGUUAACCAAGUCGAUGGUUGUAUCUUGGUAGAGAAAAUCGCACUAAGGUGUUUUGUUUUACAAUUAAAACCGACACUAGUGACUUACUUUUAACCGGCCUUUUGUGAAAGCCGUUUCCAGAGUGUGAUUGUCAACUUACCGCCUGAGUCGCUAGUCUGGUUUCAUUGCGUCCCGGGGCGGUUUCGCCCAUAACAACCUCCACUUCUGUCAAUGGCGAGCCGCGGCAGAGGAGCAACCAGGCCCAACAGCGCUACGGCAGCAAACAAAGAUUUCCAGUUCAAGCUGGUGCUGCUGGGGGAGUCGGCGGUGGGCAAGUCAAGUCUGGUGCUGCGCUUUGUUAAAGGCCUGUUCCACGAAUACCAGGAAAGUACCAUCGGAGCUGCCUACCAGAAUAAGACCGUCAGCCUGGAUGACGUCACGGUCAAGUUUGACAUCUGGGACACGGCGGGUCAAGAGCGCUACCACAGCUUGGCCCCCAUGUAUUACAGAGGAGCACAGGCGGCCAUCAUUGUCUAUGACAUCACCAAUGUGGAGACGUUUGUACGUGCUCAGAAUUGGGUGAAGGAGCUACAGAAACAAGCCAACUCCAAGAUCGUGAUGGCUUUAGCUGGCAACAAGGCGGACAUGGCGGACAAGAGAGUGGUGCAGCAUCAGGAGGCCCAAGCAUACGCUGACAAAAAUGGCCUCCUCUUCAUGGAGACCUCCGCUAAGACUGGCCUUUAUAUCGACGACCUAUUUAUGGCCAUUGCCAGCAAGCUACCAAAGAAUGACCCUGAGGGAGGUCGCACCAGGGCUGGAGUGGAUCUGCACGAGACCAAUCAGAACCGCACCACCAAGUGCUGUAACACUCUUGUGUGCGGAAGCAACAGCGGCAGCAAUUAGAAACAGCGAUAAGCGUGCGAGACAAUAGCUAUGUGGACAACAUGUCGCUACAAGACAGAAUGGUGGCAGGGCUGGACAGGCAGAGCCCCUACACCCGAACACUUGAUUAUAUACUGCAUAGUACUGUGUGUAUUAUCAUCCAUUUUAUUUUCACAUUUUUGUCUAAUGUUUUACAUGAGAAACAAUUGUGUGGGGUUUUUUAAGUACUGGCAACAAUAACAAGUAGACGCAAAUGGUAUUAAAAACAACAUGACAAAAUAACUACAAGAUAAGUAUUAUUUUAAAGAUUAUACCAGAAAUUGUUCCUCUUAAACAGGGGUGUCAAACAUACGGCCCGCGGGCUUGAAAAAGUUUUAUCCGGCCCCCAGGAUGAGUUUGCUAAGUAUAAAAAUUAGCCCAAAUUUGUGAAUGAAAGAAACUGCUGUUCUUAAUGUGUCCACUCGGUGUCGCAAUAUCCAUUUUUUGUGUAUUUGUAGAUUGAUUGAUUGAGACUUUUAUUAGUAUAUUGCACAGUACAGUACAUAUUCCGUACAAUUGACCACUAAAUGGUAACACCCGAAUAUGUUUUUUCAACUUGUUUAAAUCGGGGUCCACGGAAAUCAAUUCGUGGUAAUAUGAUGCUACAUACAUAUAAAAAAAAAAAAAAACAUGAUGUUCGAGCACCAGUCGAGAAAAAUUAACAAACUACAUAAAUAAAAUACUAUACUUUGAUUUUGAUAUUUUUUUUAAUCUUGAUAGAUUGAAAACUAACAGCAAUGAGUUGACUGAUGAACAUUAUCGCAUAAUUUAUUCAGACAGUAUGAAUAACGACAAAUAAAGAUAAAUUACUAUUAACCGCAAAAUGUAAGUGAAAAAAAAACAAAACGUGCUGGUUCAAUUUUUAAACAAAGAAAAAAAUCUGAAGUUAUCUUAAUUUUUAAAUUAUCGUGCCGUAAUUUUA